CACCCACCUUAUCCACCAGCGGCACAGUGCGCCAGGGAGCAAGAGCGCAGGCUGCACCGGGGAGCGGGCACGGUGGACAUGCAGUACCGGCAGACUGCUUCUCCCAUAAAACGCUUCCGAUAUUGGGUUUAAGGAGACAGCUUAUUUGAAAACCGGCUUGGGCCGAGGGGAUCUUAUUCUUUCUGACAGUCGUACAAAAAAAUAAAAUUAAAAAAAAGGAACUCACUGACAUUUGGAAGAACCUGAUGGGUGGUGGGGAGGAGGGGAGAACGAUGCAGUUCCAGCCCGACUCGGUGAGCCGCGCAGUCCGCCUCCGACGCUGGUGAUGCCCGCCGUGCGAGGAUCACCGCCCAGCAGCAACAGCAGCAAGAGGAGGAACAGGAGGAGGAGGAGGAGGUCGGGAUAACAAGGGCGUCAGGGGCCGAUGAUGUCGUUGGGAAGGUCGGGAUCAUGGCAAACGGAACCGGUACUAUCAUGUUAAAAUGCGUCGUGGUCGGAGACGGUGCGGUGGGUAAAACGUGUCUGCUGAUGAGCUAUGCCAAUGACGCCUUUCCAGAGGAGUAUGUACCCACGGUCUUUGAUCAUUAUGCAGUGAGCGUCAACGUCGGAGGAAAGCAGUACUUGUUGGGACUGUAUGACACAGCUGGUCAGGGAGUUGAACCAGAAGAUUUCCCUUUGCUGCUACAAUCUCUGAAAACGAACGGUCCAAUCAAAGACAUGCACAGCAACCCCAAUAAGAAACUUUAUGGAGAUCUUAUGGAGCAUUCACUUGGUGUUAACACCUUUCAGCUGGCACAGAAACUGGUGGACAAAGUCAUCACUGUCAGUGAGGAAGACUCUCUGGUGGCAAUGCUGCGGUUUCAGGAGUUCGAACGCUCCACUGUGGACACAGAGGGAGCCAUGGGAUUGGCUGCCAUUUUGGCCGGACAGCUACCAGAACUAAAAGGCAAAAAGGUGGCUGUGGUGGUGAGCAGCGCUAACAUGGAGCUGGAAGUGGUGAGGCAGUGCAUGGACCGAGCUUUGGUGUUGGACAACCGGAUCAGUAAGUUCUCAGUGCAGCUGGGAGAGUGGCCAGGAGACAUGGCUAAGCUGCUGGAUGUUCUGACCAGAGAGGACGUCAGGUUGUUGGACGUCUGCCAUCGUAGACACAGCGAUAAGUCAGAGCUCUUCAAGGCAAAGGUGGAGUGUGUGGUGGAAACCAGGGAUAAGAUGCAGAGCGCUCAUCUGCGCAAGACGCUGAGCGAGCGCUACCCCUCUAUAUGCUGGCUGGACCGGUGAUCACAGCGAAAUCCUGAACACAAAACUAGACUGACUGAAAACAGAUUCCUGCCAUCGGGAUAACACAUGCAAACCAUUCCUGCAACACACACACACUCUUAUGAUAUGCAAGCUCUGUUAUAUGAGACUCAUUAAGAGAAUGCUUGGUCAGCAAACCUAAGUGUAAACAGAAAAGCCUUGAGAUUAUAGUGCAAAUCUACAUGUUCCUUCUAUUACUAAUGCUGCUUUUGUUCUUCUUCAUCAUGGCACCUUAAAUAUACUGUGAAGCGGUUAAACUGCAUCCCAGUAGAUGAUGCUAAUUCUAACUGAAUGCUAUGGCGGAUUCACACUAUUUUUAUAGUGGUUCCCAACUUGGGCCAUUUAAUGGGUUAACAUUGGGCUGGCACAGAAUAAAGUAUUUUUCUGUGUUUUCAAUUACUGUAGGGCCAAGAUUUUUCUUCAUUUACUCUUAUUAUAUAAGCUUUUUAUGUAAUCUUCAAGUGAUUAAAUAAAUCUGUAACAGUGGAUAAAGCUUUUUUUCCCCAGUUGUUGGUAAAGCAUAUAAGCUAAUUACAAUUAAAAUGUGUCCCUAUAGAGAAACAGUUCUGCAAAAAAAAAUUAUUUGAGUUCUGUGAGUGUGUGUCGAGCCCUCUGGGUCUUCAUUAAUGGCUGUCAUGGGUGGCCAACUUGUGGCUCCGCCCCCUGGCAGAACCUGGAUCAGUCUGCAUUAGCUAAAGGGUGGAGUGUGACUUCUGUAGCACACGUACAGCUUCCUAGAGUAUCACUAUAUAAGGUCUAUUUUUCAUUGAAUGUUCUUUUUAAAAUGCUGUAAAUAUUUCUGUAUUUGUUCUGUCCACAGUGGCAGUUUCAACCCUCCUAAAACCGUUCUCCAAAUAAAACUCCAGACAAAUGAACCGUAA